UUACCUAUUUGCAAGUCGUGAAAGCGUAUCGCUGGCUAAACUUAUUGCGUUUAAUUUAAUUUUGUUGUAAAUAAUUGAAGCCUAAUUUAUUAUACAAAACAUGUGCAUGAACUCUUCAUGUGAAAGUAGAUAAAUAACAUAUAGCAAGAUGGUGUCGACUAGGCAGAUGAGUAGUAUAGGGGGUAGCAAUGGUGGGAGCGACGGUGCAGGGCCGUCUCACGCGGAGCCGGUGACGGUGGCGCGGGUGACUCGGCACUCCAGCGCUCUGCUCCCAGGGGGUUCCUCGCCCCACGCCGGCACCUCCAAAGCUAUCCCCGCGCCUAAACACACCACGGGCCUCCUGGAUCUGCCCCUCGAAGUCACUGAAAAGAUCUUUCGAUAUUUGGGAUACAAAAGUGUCUCGCAACUCAGACUGGUAAACCGACAAUUCAACACAGUAUGCAGUAGUAUUCUUAACUCUACAUUUCAACGUCUUCAAAAUCAAAUGUUACACCGUUUUCAAUCAAUCAAAGCUAAGAUGCCUCGGAGGGAGUCGGCACGGAGGAGUCAUCCGUUGGCCUGUGAAUCGGACAUCAUAGAAACCUUGCAUAUGCGACUAAGUUUAUUACAAAUGACAUUUGGGAAACACAUUGAGAGGAAACACUGUUGUUUCUUUCCUGGAGAGAUUUUGGAUGAAGUGUACAGUAUUUUAUCAUAUUUAAAAACCACAACUAAGCUGGCAAGGCCGUACAAGGUGACGGAUGAGCUUUUUGAUCUGACCACCAUGGCCAUGGAGUAUUUUAAGGAGCAUAUUGAGCCAAACUUGCCGGAGAUCACAUAUUUUGGAACUGAUUUCUUUGAUAUCACCACAGCGUUUUCUCCGGGCGAGAGUAGCAAAUCCUACAUGUGCCUGGACUCGCCGCCGCCGUCGGGCUUCGAGCCGGCGGCGACGAGCGAGCGCGCCGCGUCCUUCAUGGAGGAGAGCCUGCCGCCGUCGCCGCCGCCGCCGCAGAGCAACAUGGUGCUGAGGAAGCGCAUACACCGCAUCAAGCAGGGGAUGAAGAAGUACAACGACCAACUGUCGGCGCUACGCAGCGACCUGCGGAGCUGCAAACGCAAGACCGCGCUGCAACAGAAACAGAUUUCCGAGCAACAGAAACAAAUAGCCGAGCAACAGAAGCAGACGCUCGAGUACGCGAACCGCCUCGACGAUUAUGACAAGAAGAAUGAGGAGACCAGCCGCAAGUUUCAGACUUUGUUGCAGGUGCCACAUAGUUCAAGUUCUGAUGCGAGUUUAGCGGUGACAUUCAUAGAGUUGAUAAAGGAGCUGAACAAGUGCAAGACGGAGCUUCAAUAUUGGCGUUCGCGGUCGCCGGCGGUGCCCCCGCUGUGCGCUGAAUGCGGUGCGUCGCUGCGUCUGUCGCCCGCGCCAGUUGCGUUACCGCAGUGGGCGGGUAGCAGUGCGGAGGAGGGCGAGGCGAGCGGCAGUGCGGCGGCGCCGCCCGCCACCGAGCUGCCGGACCCCGCCCCCCGCAAACCAGACCCUGCCCCCCGCAAACUAGACCCCGCCCCGCGCAAACCUGACUCCGCCCCGCGCCGCCCCUCAACCGAGACACGCCCCGCUGAGUCCCGCGCGGACAACACGCCCGAGCGCAAGAAACGCAGGCUCACGAGACCUAGGAAACUAUGAAUUGAUUGAUAUACUUGAACACUGAAACGCCAGGGAUAACUCUAAGUUAGCGCGAAAAUGCGGCUGAUCUUAUCUUAAAUGCACUGUUCCAUCAAUGACGCCGAAAACUGCCAAGAGAUUGCAGUCUCACAUGACAUUUUAAAUGCGUUAUAGUGAUGUGUUGACGCCAACUGCGAAAAAGUAGCAGAUGUUCCGCCUAAGAGGCUGUCCACACGGGCGUUGCAUCAGCGUUGCGUCGACGCAGCGCUGCCGUUUGACGCAUAGCCGGCCACACG